UCUCCGGCGCGGGCGGCGUUUUCUGCCUCCGGUCUCUGCCCCGCGGCGCUCGCGAUGCUGGUCCAGUUCGCCCCGCUGCGCCUGCCGCUGCGCCGCCGCCUCCAAACCGCCGCGGUGCUGCAGUGGGUCUUUUCCUUCCUGGCGCUGGGCCUGCCUCUCUCCCCAGCGCAAUGCUGCCUGGUCUUGUUCCUCAUCUUGCUCCUGGGAGACGGCUGGGUGCUGGCUGUCCUCUACGCCGCCUGGCUGUACCUGGACUGGGAGACCCCGGCCAGAGGGGGACGUCGCUCCAACUGGGUCCGCAACUGGGCUGUGUGGCGCUACUUCCGAGACUACUUCCCCAUGACGCUGGUGAAGACGGUGGAUCUGGACCCCUCGCGCAACUACCUCUUCGGCUUCCACCCCCACGGAGUGCUGGUGGCUGGCGCCUUCGGGAACUUCUGCACGGAGGGCACCGGCUUCUCUGCCCUCUUCCCGGGACUCACCUCACACCUGCUGAUGCUCCCCUUCUGGUUCAAGGUGCCCUUCUUCCGAGACUACAUCAUGAGCGGCGGGCUGGUUUCCUCAGACAAGAGCAGCGCCGCCUACCUCCUUGGCCACGAAGGCGGGGGCCAGGUGGCCGUGAUCGCUGUUGGGGGGCCUCCCGAGUCGCUUGACGCCCGACCCGGAGCUCUGACCCUCCAGCUCCGCAGCCGCAAGGGCUUCAUCAAGAUGGCGCUGCAGCACGGAGCUGCCCUGGUCCCCGUCUUCUCCUUUGGGGAGAACGAGCUCUUCAACCAGGUCUCCAACCCCCAGGGCUCCUUCAUCCGGGCAGCGCAGGAGCGGCUCCAGAAGGCCAUGGGGCUGGCGCUGCCCCUCUUCCACGCCAGGGGGGUCUUCCAGUACAACGUUGGGCUCUUGCCGUUCCGGAGGCCCAUCUACACCGUCGUGGGGGCCCCGAUCCUCGUGCCCAAGACCCCCCACCCGUCAUCCGAGGCCAUCGACGAGCUGCACAAAACUUACCUGGAGAAGCUCAACCAGCUCUUUGAGGAGAACAAGGCCGCAUACGGCCUCCCCGAAGACAGGCACCUCGAAAUCGUGUAGGGCAGCGUGGGGGAGAGAAACCCUUGGACACCCUCCCACCCCGAAAGAAAUCCCCUGUGGGGAGAGGACGGGGUGUCACAGCCUAUUUCCUGGACUGCAUGAAGGGGUUUCUGGCGAAGGAGAUGGAUAAGGAACCAUUCCAAUACUGGGGGGUCCCCCAGUCUCAGGAGGGGGGGCACCCUGAUUUUUGACCCUUGAAGGAUUCCAGGGAAGGAGGUGGAGGGGGGGGUAAUGUGCACUUAAAUGGGGGGGAGCUGGAUAAUGGCUGCUUUUAUGAAAGCUGUAUAUUUGCCUCCUGGGGGGUAGCUCCCUGUUCUGUGCCUGCCUGAACCAAGGGGGAUGUGGGUUGCCCCCCCCCAUGUAUGAAAUGCUCCUUCAGCCUCUAAGCAUUCCCCCCCCCCCGUUCUCCUUCUGCAGAAGUAAUAAAGGGCAGAAUUGUCUUUUCAAAAUGAUGUGCGGUGCAGGGUUUGUGCAAAAGUUGCCUGCCCUCCUUGCCCCCUUUACCUGGUUCAGAGAUGGGCUGCCACCUUCUUCUCCUACUGCCCCCCCCCCAAUCCACUCCUGAAAAAUACAGCAUGGAGAAAGCGGCAUGGAUGAAAUAGUCGCAUAGUGCAGAGUUUAACUGCGGAACUCCCUCAGGCUGUCGAUGGCGCCUAGCCAGGAGGGCUCUGGUCUGAAUGCCAGAGCCUGAGAACGAGGAAGGGAGGUUUGUGGGUUUCUCAGCUGGCAGCGCACGAUAUUCCUAAUCUCAGGGUUGUGGGUUUGAGCCCCGCCUUGGGCAAAAGAUUCCUGCCUUGCAGAGGGUUGGACUAGAGGACCGCCAAGGUCCCUUCUGAUUCUAUGAUACCUGUUCAGCUACUGUGGGGGCAGGAUGCUGUGCUAGGUGGGCCAUUCGCCAGAUUCAGCAGGCUCCUCUUAUGGAGGCCUUUUCUUGCAGCUGACCCUCCAUGCCCAGGAACAGUCUACCUGUGAAUACCAGAUAACGGGGGAACCACAGUUGCAGAAGACUGAUGCCCUCAAGUCCUGCUUGCUGGCAUAUCAUCGGCCCCUGGCCUCAUCUGCCUCUGUCUCUUUCCCCUCCUGAGCUUUGUGACAGAUAGUGGCAUUGCUCCCCCUUCCAGAACCUCGCUUGACCUAUCCAGCUGUUCCAAAGGCCAUGUCGGAAAAUGGAUCCCAGGAGAGGCUGUGGCGGUGGCAGCCUCCUCUAAGGCUAAGAAUAACCUUUCUUGCCCAAGGGCUGGCUGGCUGGGGAGGUGCGGAGAGGCCUAAAGCAGAUGAUUACUGGCUGCAUGCAGAGUCACGAAAUUGUAGAGCUGGAAAGGGACCCUGGGGUCAUCUAGUCCAACCCGCUGCAAUGC